UACAACAACUUGAUUUUGAGUAUCGUACAGUUUGCGAUAAAAGAAAGCGAUAUUUACGAAAACUAAAGUGUCGUGAGAUUCUCUUAUUUUCCAUUCAAAAUAAUAAUUUGAACAUACAUUUUCGAGGAAGGUUUUUAUAAAAUGGCUGGCAUAUUCAAUUUAUUUGGCGGAAUAUCAGAUCUUGAUAAAGAUCCAGUAGUAAAAUCUUUAUCAAGAUCGAAAACUUCUCUUGGAGUACAUGGAGCUUCUAUUAAAACCCCCAUUCAACCGAAAUCAAAAGGAUUAUCGUUUAGAUCUAAUUCUGAUUCAAAUGUACCUGCUAGUCUAAAUCUGAAGAGUUUAAAUAAAGAUGUAUUUAAUAAGCAACAGGAAUGUUUGAACCUAAAGGUUUCACAGUUAGACAGCAGUGGCAUCAGCAGCAGUCCGAUAUCACCUCAAAAAGAACUUCCAGCAAAGAAGCUAACUUGUCAUCCGGAUAAAAUAAAGAGUGUAUCUCCAAGAAAUGUAAUAUUUGACAAAAAUAAUGUGCAAUCACAAAAGCCAUUUGAUGAUUAUGUCUUCAAGGAACCAUUCCUACAGAGAAAUUUAAUUAUGAAGUCCUACCCUGAGCCAGAAAAUCUGGCACCAUAUUGUGAUAUGCAGGCUGAAUUUGAUAAUAUUUAUUCAGUAGUCCUAGAAAAUGAAUUUUCAAGUGUAUUUUUGGACAAGGAGAAUGAGGACGAGGGAUUUGUAUCAGAACCAGAACUAUUGGAGGUUGAAUUACCAAAAUUAUGUCUGUCACCUGAAUUCAUUGAAGAAAAACAUAUGGAAGACUGGACUGUUGAUUUAUCAAAACUAGAAGAUGAUGACGAUGACAUAUUCUAAUAUCGAUACUACAACAAUCUAUUAACUAUUUUAUUUAAUACUUAAUUUAAUAAUAAUUCUUUUAUUUUAUCAGUAUUAUUUUUCUUUUAUAUAUAUAAUUAAAGUGUGAUUAUGAAUGUAAACUUGAAAGAAGACUAUGUGCCUUAAUAAAUAUUGUAUAUUUAAAGAAA